UUCUUUUUGUAACAAUUAUAUGCUUCUAUUCUUUUGACUAUUAUAUCCCCUAGUUUAUUCAGCUUCCUUUAUUUCUGUUCCCUUUUCCUCGGUGUUGCUUCCCUCUUUCUUAAUUAACUCUUCUCCACUUUUCACUUCACCCCAUUUUCACCUUCUCUUCAACAAACCAUCUACUCGGACUAAUUAUAGGUUGGUUAUCAUCUUCUGAUUUAUUGAUUUUCUCUUAUCUGUUGUAGGAUUACUAGCUUAAUUUAGAAGCAACUUCCUCAUGCCAUGCAUGUUAUCUAUGAAAUACGGAACCCUCUGACACUUGAAGUUUAAUUUUCUCGUUUUUAUUUCUAAAACAUUUUCAUUUCUAAAAUCUCAUCCAUAUUUGUGUUAAACUGUUAAUGAAGCCAGAAAACUCAUUGGGAACAAAAGUACUACCUAACAUGAUAUGACCUUUUUUUUCCCUUUUUGUUUUUCAGAGUGAAAGUGUUAUGAGAUUGAUCUGUUUGAUUUAAUCCAAGCAGAAAAAGGUAAUAAAAUGAUGAGUGGAUGUGGGAGUGGGAGUGGGAGUGGGCAAGUUUCUGUUCCACCAGGGUUUCGCUUUCAUCCAACUGAAGAAGAGCUUCUCUAUUAUUAUUUAAAGAAAAAGGUUUCUUACGAAGCUAUUGAUCUUGAUGUUAUUCGGGAGGUUGAUCUUAAUAAGCUUGAGCCAUGGGAUCUUAAAGACAGAUGCAGGAUAGGAUCAGGACCUCAGAACGAGUGGUAUUUCUUCAGCCACAAGGACAAGAAGUAUCCAACAGGAACUCGGACUAACCGCGCCACUAUAGCUGGAUUUUGGAAAGCAACAGGGAGAGACAAGGCAAUCUACCAUGGAAAUGCCAAACGUAUUGGUAUGAGGAAAACCUUAGUCUUUUAUACUGGACGUGCUCCUCAUGGUCACAAGACUGAUUGGAUUAUGCAUGAAUAUCGACUCAACGAUGAUCAUCUUCAACUUCAGCAAGAAGAUGGUUGGGUGAUUUGUCGAGUAUUCAAAAAGAAAAAUCAUGGUAGAGGCUUACAACCUGAACUACUCGAAGAAGACUGCGAAAAUUAUAGCGUCAAUCACCCGUCCUCAAGUCACAUGAUGAAGCCUAGUAGCAAUAUGACCACCUCAAGUACUACAUUAUUGCCACCAAGGCAAAAUGGUUACAGCACCCAACCAUCAAUGUUUCCUAAUAACUAUACUCAUUACACUCUCGACGGCACCAUGCAUCUCCCUCAAUUAUCUAGCCUUGACUCGGUCUCACCCAACGGUAGCACGGUCUUUACUACCAUGGAUAAUGUACUUAAAUUAAGUACAUCACCUGCUGGAGGAAUAUUGAAUCCUCAACAGCUGUUGGCCGCAGGAGUAACGGAGCGAUUAGCUAAUGGCGGCGAGUGGGGUUUUUUGGAUGAGCUUCUUGCUAAUUACCAGAGUUUAGAACAACAGCAGCAGCAACAACAGGAACAGCAGGAAGCUUCACUGAACAAGAUUGCAACUGGUAAUCAUUAUAUCAUUGGAAUGAGCUCAACUAGUGGUCUUCAACAUCAGCAUAAGUUUCCAUUUCAAUACCUUGGUUCUGAAUUAGAUUUGUUAAGGUUUUCCAAGUAAGAUUGUGUAACCCUAAAAGAAAUACGUCUUGGGACAGUUGACGAGGGGGUGCAAAGGAAACCUACCGUACGAGACCCUUCAUUUUAGAGAAUUUUUGAAAUUUAUAGUUUGUUUUAGUCACAUUAUCCUAGUUAAUACUCAUGUUUUAGAGUACUUUUUUGUAAAAAAUUAUUUGUUACAUGAUAAUUCUAUUAAUAUUAUUUUAUAAUUAUUGUUGGA